GUUCAUGCCUCCCGCAGUAACAACAUGUGCAUCGUUGGCGGUUUUACUCAAAUGAUCCGAGAGGGGGGACCAAGGUCGCUGUGGCGAGGGAAUGGCAUCAAUGUGUUGAAGAUUGCACCGGAGUCUGCCAUUAAAUUCAUGGCCUAUGAGCAGAUCAAGCGGUUCAUUGGUACUGACCAAGAAAUGCUGCGGAUCCACGAGCGGCUGUUGGCCGGUUCUCUGGCUGGGGCCAUCGCACAGAGCAGCAUCUACCCGAUGGAGGUUCUGAAAACACGGAUGGCUCUAAGGAAGACAGGACAAUAUUCAGGCAUGUUGGAUUGUGCCAAAAACAUCCUUUCGAAGGAAGGAAUGGCUGCCUUUUACAAAGGCUACAUCCCCAACAUGCUAGGAAUCAUUCCGUAUGCUGGCAUUGACCUGGCAGUCUAUGAGACACUAAAAAAUGCCUGGCUGCAACGCUAUGCUGUCAACAGUGCCGACCCCGGAGUCUUUGUUCUUCUGGCUUGUGGCACCAUCUCCAGUACCUGUGGACAGCUUGCCAGUUACCCUCUGGCUCUUGUGAGGACACGUAUGCAGGCUCAAGCUUCAGUGGAGGGCGCUCCCGAGGUGACGAUGAGGGGACUGUUUAAGCACAUUCUGAAGACAGAGGGAGCAUUUGGUCUGUACCGGGGUCUGGCACCGAACUUUAUGAAGGUGAUCCCGGCUGUGAGCAUCAGUUACGUGGUUUAUGAAAACUUGAAGAUGACUCUGGGCGUGCAGUCGCGGUGA